CCACGUUCCCUUUCACUGGCCUUCACAAUGAGCCCUCACAGAGUGGAACUCCUACCGUCCAUCGACGCUCUUCCCCAAUAUGGCAUAUCCAAGAACGGAUUCCUCCCCAAAGAGCCACCGUUAAAUCGUCUACCACACACCUACUACGACCCAUGGGAGCGCAUUAUCGAAGUGUUACCACAUCUCAUCGAGAAGCAAGAGAUUCGCGCCAAGGUGGACGAGCUCCCUGUUCUCGGGGUCGCCCAUCUGGACAGCGAAGCAGAGUGGCGUAGAGCAUAUUCGAUGCUAGCCGUCAUCGCACAAGGAUAUAUAUGGACAGGGCCAGAGCCUUCCGAAAGACUACCGCCCGCCAUCGCAGUGCCGUUCCUGCAAACCUCAAAACACCUCGAAGUCAACCCUGUGGCCACGUACGCAGCGCUCAACUUAUGGAACUGGAGAACACUGAACAAGGACGCGGACAUCACAUGUCCAGACAACCUUGUCUCUCAACACACGGCGACGGGGACGGAUGAUGAAUCAUGGUUCCUCAUCAUUUCAGACGCCAUGGAAGCAAGAGCAGGGCCGCUGAUCAAGACCAUGCUCGGUGCGAUGGAAGCUGUGGAACACAAUGACGUCGCAACCAUUGUGCAUGCGUUGCGAUACUUCAAGAAGAGCAUGAACGAGAUCGGCGAUUUAUUGGAGCGCAUGGACGAGCGGUGUGACCCGCAGGUUUUCUUCCACACCAUCCGGCCAUUCUUAGCAGGUAGCAUGAACAUGGAAGCUGCAGGGUUGCCCAAUGGUGUUUUCUACGAUGAAGGUGACGGCAGAGGAUCAUGGAGGAAAUACAGGGGCGGAAGCAACGGGCAAAGCUCUUUACUCCAAUUCUUCGAUGCUGUUCUCUCAGUCAACCACUCCAGAAGCGAAGGCUUUCACGAGGAAAUGCGCCGGUACAUGCCAGGUCCGCAUGCUAGGUUCCUGGACGACAUUGAAGCCAUAGCAAACAUUCGGACUUACAUUGAUGCCCACCAAGAGGACAUGACUCUGGUGGAAUCAUUCAACGAAGCUGUUGCGGCUUUGAGCGGAUUCCGAGACAAGCACAUCGCGCUGGUAACUCGGUAUAUUAUAAUACCAAGUCGCAUGCCUAAGCCGAUGACCGGGGUGAAUCGGAGGGAUAUUGCUUCUGCCUCGACAAAGAUGGCCCUCGAAGCCCAGACGCAAGAGCUGAGAGGCACAGGUGGUACAAAGCUUAUUCCAUUUCUACGAACAUCAAGAGAUGAGACUAGCGAGACGCAAGUCGGUCCAACAUCUUGA